CGGAAACAAGAGUCACCCUUCAUCGUUUUUCUUAGAGCGCGGGAUUGAUGCCAAAUGCGCUUUUGCGCGGGAGAGGUGUGCGUGUGCAAUGGUGCCUAUAGAUAGCCUAUGUGUUUCCAUGCGGGGUCUCCUAUCCUGUCUUUUCGAUUACGCACCUGAUUGCUGUCUCUCCAACGAACGGUGGGUUUAAUAUGAAAUUCCCCACCGCCGUAUUGUCUCCUCCGCAUCCGGCAGCGUAAGUUUAUCUAUUUGUAUGCAGUUGUCACACCGCCCAGACGUCAUCCGCACUGGACCCGGUUAAGCUUAGGUUAGCCUACAUUUUCUUCUCUCUCCAAUCGGUGUACAAUCGCCCAUGUUGUGUGUGUGUUUCUCUUGGACCACAAUACCGAUCUACAAUGACAGCUCAGAUGUGAAGAGAAGUGGACUAUACAAAGAGAAGACGUGAAAACGCAUCAUGCAGCCAUGCGCUCGGAUAGGUAUAGCCUAUAUUGCUAUUCAAUAGGCCUAGAUAUAGCCACGUUUGAUAUUUACGUAUUACUUUGAUGUCGUAUUUAUCGUACUGACAUGUAUUGGUUAAUAUUUGACUCUCCAAGAUGAAUGGCCAUUUCAGGAGCAGUGUUGCGUAUUGAAUGGUCAGCUUGGCUAAUAUUUCUGCGUAAACGUCGUGUUAUAUUAAGCUGUACCCUGGCGAGUGAGUGCCCAUCGUCCGACGGUGAAUAUCACCCAGAAAAGCGCGUUUGUGUGUUUGUUUGUUUGUUUGUUUGGACGGCUGGCGGAACACACGCGCGCACACACACUCAACACAGCGUGGCCACCGCUGUCCAGCGUGCUGAGUUCUGAAUCCUGCACCGGUCUCCAGGACGAGAGGAGGGAAGGAAGACAAAAGGAGAAGAAGAGACAGGAGUGUGGGAAGGGGAGGCUACAACACACACUGGACAUUUAGCAGGGGAUGGAAGUGAAAAUGUCACCCAAUAAAUCGAAAAUUAAUACGUAGAUAUGACUGUUGAGCAAUCUCGUUUGGGGUGAGUUUUUGCCAAGCAAUUUCACCAGCUAGACUCCUGAUGAAAAUAUGGAAUGAAAUAAUUUUAUGACAACAGUUUCAUGAUUCUCACGAACCGUACAAUUAAUGAUAACGCAAUGUUUCAUAAGCACUAAAAUGUAGUGUCUGUACACUAAAGGCAGUUAUCAAAAAGUAGACUACUAUUUAAAUAUACCUGAUUCUACACCACGGACCGUCUAGCCGCCAAUAUGGGACUGUGACCGUGCUGCGAGCGACUAGAGGCGGUUGUUUAUGUGGUCUGUGCUCCGUGUGCGGACGGAGUGCGGACCGGACCUGAGCAGCAGUGAGACAUUGAGCCAUGGCAGCCGCUAUUGCCAGCGGUCUGAUCCGGAAGAAGAGGGAGGCACGGGAGCAGCAUGUAGACCGACCACCCCCAAACAGGCGGAGGAAGAGCCCCAGUAAGAACAAGGGGCUCUGCAAUGGCAACCUGGUCGACAUCUUCUCCAAAGUGCGUAUCUUCGGCCUGAAGAAGAGGAGACUACGGAGACAAGAUCCCCAGCUCAAGGGUAUAGUGACCAGGUUAUAUUGCAGGCAGGGAUACUACUUGCAAAUGAACCCAGAUGGUUCUCUCGAUGGGACCAAGGAUGACAGCAGUAACUCCUCUUUGUUCAACUUGAUUCCUGUGGGUCUCCGAGUUGUUGCGAUUCAGUCUGUGAAGACAGGGUUAUACAUCUCCAUGAACGGGGAGGGCCAUCUGUACACAUCAGAACUCUUUACGGCGGAAUGCAAGUUCAAAGAGUCUGUGUUUGAGAACUAUUAUGUGAUCUACUCGUCGAUGCUGUACAGGCAACAGGAGUCAGGGAGAGCUUGGUUCCUGGGGCUCAACAAAGAGGGCCAAGCCAUGAAGGGGAAUCGAGUGAAGAAAACAAAACCAGCUGCUCACUUCCUGCCCAAGCCAUUAGAAGUUGCUAUGUACAGAGAGCCAUCGUUGCAUGAUGUAGGAGAGACCAAAGCGCCCAAAACAGCCGUCCCUCCCAGUAAAAGCACAACCGACCCCCCAGUGAUGAAUGGAGGCAAACCAGUCAGCAAGCCUACUACUACUACUACUACUGCUACUGCUGCUAAGCCCCCCACAUAGCCACAAGUCACCUGGUGUGUGUGUGUG